AUGGAGAUUGCAAUGGCUUUGGAAUUCUAUAAUGAAGACAAUGACUGGUUUUGUAAUGCAGGUUUGCCAAGUGAUCUCACCAUUUUCAUAGAUGGAGUAAACUUCCAUCUUCACAAGUUUCCCUUACUAUCAAGAUGUGGGAAAAUAGAAAAGUUGAUGAAAGAAGCUCAAAAUAACAAUAAAGGUACUUCCACCAUCAUCCUGGAGGAGAUUCCUGGUGGUGCCACCUCAUUUCUGGUUGCAUCUAACUUCUGUUAUGGUGUUCAUAUUGAACUUACACCUACAAAUAUAGUUAUGGUGUAUCAUAUGUCAGAUUAUCUUGAAAUGACUGAUGAAUAUGGAAAUGAUAACUUAUUCUCAAAAACAGAGACUUACAUCCAUAAAAAUAUACUAACAAACUGGAAGGAUUGCAUGGUUGCUCUUCAAAGUUGUGAAACCAUUGUAACAAAAAGUGACAAUCUCCAAAUAAUCAGUAAAUGCUUGAAUGCCAUCCCUGGAGGUAGCAUUCUCUGGAAUGGAAUCGACACAGGUGCAAGAAUCCAAACAUCGGAAUCGGAUUGGUGGUUUGAAGAUGUUUCACAUCUUAGUGUUGUUUUGUUCAAAAGGCUUAUCAAGACAGUGGAAUCUAAAGGCAUCCAACCCAAAAAGUUAACAGGUGCUAUCAUGUACUAUUCUGGAAAAUGUCUUCAUGGGUUAGGCAGAUGGCAAAGUGGGCAGUUUAGUAAAACUAAAUUUAACACAAAAUAUGACAUAGUAGAUCAAAGGGUAGUAUUGGAAAGCAUUGUGGAUUUGCUCCCACAAAUAAAGGGCAAGUCUUUUUGUCGUUACUUAUUGGGACUUUUAUGUGUUGGUUUCAUGUUUGUUCCUUUAGGAACAGUGAGAAAGAGAGAGUUAUGGUAUGGUCUCCCUGAUGUGCCCAUAAGUAAAGGUUGUAUGUUCUUUGUUAAGGAAGAAAGAUCAAGAUUUGUGAUUGUGCAACAGCUCUUGAAUUGGUGA